AUGACGCAGAAGGAGGAUUGUAUUCUGACGGCGGUUGGCGUAGACGAGGAAACCAUCUAUAGAAAAUCCACCUGGCUGCUGGAAUACGAGCUGACCGAUACGAUUACGUUCGAGAAGCACGGUGAGGAGGGCAUUCAGUCGGUGAAGCUGUUGGUUCGGGAUAAGAACGACAAAGACAAGGCCAAUUUUGAAAAGCUGCUGGAGGCAAUCAACGGAUCCAAGAAUGGCAAAACGUUUGGAGUCUUCUCCAAAGGCAACUUCCCGGGUGAAUUCUGUGAAUUGUGGCGAGCCUUCGUCAAGGACAAGAGCUUCGAUGCGGUGAACAUCAGCGUCCCAAUCGGGUACAUCAUAUGCUCCAAGGAGGACUCCGAGGUUAUCACCAUCAAGAAGGCCUGCCUGGUGACGGUAGACGCAUUCAACAAGUACUUCAAGGAUCACGUCAUGGAGAUUAUCGAUGCUGAUAAGAAAGUACACCACAAACUGUCAGAGGGUGUCGAGCAGGCUUCGGACAGCUUGAAGUUCAUUGCAUUUAGCGACAAGAACUAUCUGCACUUCGGAUCGAUCAUCUAUGCUAUGGGUACGCGUUACAAGUCCUACUGCUCCAAUGUCGUCCGAACGUUGCUGGUCAAUCCGACUGAAACGAUUCAGAAGCACUACACCUUUUUGCUCAAUCUGGAAGAGGAACUGCUGAAGGUGAUGAUUCCGGGCAAGAAGCUCUCGGAGGGUUUCGACGUCGGAAUGGAUUAUUCCGAGAAGGAGGAUUCCAAGCUAAGACGUUUGGUGUUGCCACCGGGUUGGAGUUCCAGGAGACUUCGAUCGUAG